AUGUCCUGCGACUGCCCACCGAGGUGCAGACAUCGGCUGCCACUCGCAGUUCGUGCGUCUCCGAAGCAGAGCGACAAAGUCGCGAUGCUGCGGGAGAAGACGGAGUGGGAGAAGAGCCACCAGAGACUUUUUGGCUUCCUGAUCAUCAUCGUUUGGCAGGUGGUCGCCCUUAAUCUUUAUUCCUGGGACAAUUGGGCCAAAGCCGCUUUCGCUACGAAGGACAAGAUCGGCAGCUAUACUCUGAUAUCUUCCAUGGUCUACGGCUGCCUGGGCAUCUCGAUGAUCAUCCUGCGGCUGGCACCCUCGAGGCUGAUCGUACCUCGCAAAGCAGCGCUGGAUGUUCUUGUCAGGCAGACAUUCCUGCGUGGAUGUCCGGCAUGGUACAGGCCCUUUGCAUCCGAGACCAUCACGAAUUGGUUGGACAACUCCCUUUCGGUGAUCUACAUCACCUGGGCCUGCCGGCUCAUUUUCCGAGCCAUGCCCUGGCUUAUGGAGUUGUGCAACUUCAUCAUGCCGUUUUCUUCUGCUGCUCGCAUGUACAUGCCAUUCGGAAGCUCAGUGCGCAUCACCAUCUACGAGAAAUGCUAUGCUCUGACUCGAAAGUUAAUGGUUGCCAGCUUGUUUGCACUGUUUGCGCGCAUGCUGCUCAACCUGAAAGAUCCGAAGCUGCCGGUGGCAGAUAUUCCCGUCAAUACCAAGGAAGCAGUGCUGGGGGCUGCGAUCUUCCCGUGGAAGCCGCUUGUCUGGCUCCUUGCCAUGCGCGUCCGCCCACGAUUACGGACCUCGAAUAUGCGGCUGCUUCUGGCAGACAAAUGCCUUUCCUGCGCGAUCUACAUCAGCCUGAUCUCGGUACCGCUGCGGCUGAUUAACAUUCAGCUGCGCACUGUGCUGGCUGUCGGUGGUGUCGGCGGGCUUGCUGUCGGUCUGGCACUGCAAAAUCUGAUUCAGAAUCUCAUCUCUGGGAUAUUGAUCUAUACCAAUGCCACCAUUUGCGAGGGCCUGGAGGUCGAGUUGCAGGACGUGAAGCUUCAGGGUGUUGUUUCGGAAGUCGGAUGGUUCAACACCACCGUGAACGGCUACGAGGGGACGCGCGUCACUGUCCCAAACCGUCGGAUUCUGGACGGCACUGUCAUUGAUAAGACCAACAAGCGCUUCCGCGUCUGCCAGAAGAAGAUGGUGAUAACCUUCGACGAUCCUUCGAAGUUAGAUGCUCUU